AUUGUUAAAGAAGAGAUUUAUUGUCUGCUUUGCUUGUGCUGAGAAUACGUGAUGUGUGGUUCUUUCUAGUGAAACAGGUACCCAGAUAAUAAUUUAGCGCAUUAUUUUCUGUAAAAUAAACAUGGGUAAUAAACGAAAGAAGUCUGAAAAACAACAGCAAAAUGGCUGGACCGCAGACCCAAUGGCGGUAACCUGGACUGAAAAUUAUAAUGAUGUAAUUAGUAAAUACUGGAAUAAAGUGCCCUAUAGUUUGGGCAAAACGUUAGCUACAUUAGCCGUUUUUAUUGUCGGUGUCUCCAUUAAUGGAGACUGGGUAAAUAUUUUUGUACAUGUUACCCGACAAUGGGGAUACAAUAGUCGUGGAGAAACUGCAAAUAACAGUACACAAUCCAACUUGUCGGAAAUAACUCUGGAAUCUCUUGGCUUGCAGAAUUUUUGGACGUUCUGGGUAUACUCCUGCCUGGUGUCCUAUCUAAUGUACUACGUCCUAGGUGGAUUCCUGCACUGGUAUUACUACGUCCGCCAGCGCGACAACGCCGAGGAGUGGAAAUGCCAGCCGAAGAAGUUCAUGUCCCCCGAGCUGGAAAGACACGAAAUAACCCUAGGCUCCCUCACCCUAUUCAUGAACGCCUCCAUUUCGGCCCUGCUCGCCUGUUACAUCAGUAAUGGAGGCUACAGCACCGUUUAUUACGACAUUGCGGACUACGGCUGGUUGUGGUACUUCCUCCAAUGGCCAGUCAUUUUUAUUUACCAGGACUACAUGACCUAUUGGAUGCACAGAAUUUACCACAUACCUUUUCUUUACCGCAACUUUCACAAGCUCCAUCACAAGUACAAACAGCCCACGGCGUUUUCCGUCACGGCCAUCCACCCCGUGGAAGCCCUCCAUAUUCAGCUGAUGGAUAUUUUGCCUUUGUUCACAAUUCCUACUCACUGGUUUCCUUUCUACGCGGUGGCCCUGUAUACGUAUUACCACGGCAUCAUCGAUCAUUCCGGGGUGAAUUUUAAAGCAUAUUGGUGGCAGCCGUGGCAACCUGACGCCAUUUUUCACGACAAUCACCAUCAAUACUUUCACGUGAACUUCGGUUUCAACAUCGGUUACUGGGAUAAGCUUCACGGGACUUAUCGGCGGAAGGACCGCGUAUACACCGAGGACAUUUUCUAUGGCCAGGGCAAACGGAUUGACGAAGUUAGCGCUGAAGAGCUAAAAGCGGAUUUGGAGGAGAGGGAGUCGGAAAACCCGUUAGCUUACCGCGACAACAAGAUGGAGUUCAAAUUGUCGGACACCGAACUGAAAGCGAUGAAAGGGACGAAGAAGUAAUUCGAUCAAGGAUAAACUAAUUCUAAAUGCGAUACACUGAAUUUUGUGAUGCAAUAAAGGACGCACGAUGCAAAAUAUUCGCGCGCCAAAUAUGUGUGAAGUUUUCA